AUGGGUAACACGAAUGGCACCAUGGGUGGUUUCAAUAAGUCGUGUUCCUUCACGGAACUGCACGUUGCCCCACAGGAACGUCCAGUGAUUGCAUUGGCCGGCCUCAAAUUCGACGAGCUAGCGAUGUACCUCACGGUGACGCUGUUCAUGCUUGUCGUGAUGCUGCUCAAACUCGGCUACCAGAAGCUACCGCAUCUGGGAUCUUACCUUCCAGAGUCGCUGCUGUUGAUGCUGGUUGGUUUGGCCUUUGGCGCGAUCAUCCGCUACGCCGACACUGACUGCACCUACACCAACAAAUGGCGUCUCUCACCAGACCUAUUUUUCAACAUCCUCCUCCCACCGAUUAUGAUGGAGUCCGCGUAUAGCAUCUACACCAGGAAGUUUGCCGAAAUCCUUCCCACGAUCCUGCUCUUCGCCGUAAUUGGAACAGUGCUGAAUUUCCUCUUUAUUGGCCUCGGUUUGUACGUGGUGGAGCUGAGCAUUGGAAUCGGCGAACCGAAUCUGUAUUUUGGAAUUAAGGAAUUCCUGCUUUUUGCCUCGCUCAUUGUCGCCGUAGAUCCAGUCGCGGUGCUUGCCAUAUUCCAAGAUAUCGGGGUUGAUUUGAGUCUGUACUACAUGGUGUUUGGUGAAUCGUUGCUCAACGACGCCGUGACUGUUGUGUUGUACACAAUAAUGAGCGCGUUCGUGGCCUCUAGCACGAUAACCGGUUGGCAGAUUUCCAUGGGAAUCGCAUCCUUCUUUACGGUUAGCCUUGGCGGAGCUCUGAUAGGCCUGCUUCACGGUAUACUCUCCUGCCUUCUAACCCGGUUCAAUGUCGGAGCUGAGAGUCUGGGCAUUUUGCUGCUAAGCUACCUAGCCUACAUUGUGGCCAAUCUCUUUUCCUGGUCUGGCAUCAUCUCUAUCAUCGUGUGCGGCGUCUUCCAGUCCGCCUACGCCUUCCACAAUCUCAAACCGAUUUCAGUCAUGCUGCUGGAGUCGGCCGUGGAGCAGUUGUCGUCAAUCACGGAGGCGAUUAUCUUCCUCCUCCUGGGCUCUGAGGUGUUCGCGCUGAAGCUGCGUUGGCACACGGGCUUUCUGAUCACUUCAUUGGUGUUGUGCAUCGUGAGUCGAUUUGUGGUCACGGUUGCACUCUCUGCCGUAGUCAACAAAAACCGCUCCAAGAAGAGACGCAUCUCGUGGUCGGAGCAGAUUAUCAUCAGCUACGGCGGUCUACGAGGUGCAGUGGCUUUCUCCCUAGCCGUGCUAAUCAACGCGGAAGACCUUGGAAUGGGCUCGCAUAUGGCUAGAGAAGUUCUCGUCACUACCGCGAUAGCCGUCAUAUUCUUCAGCGUCGCGAUCAUGGGCACAACCAUCAAGCCACUGGUUCGUCUGCUGAACAUACGACUCAACGCACCCAAAGAGGCGAAGCAGAGCCUCUUUCUCACUCUCAACGACUCGGUGAUCGAGGAGACGCUGAUUUUCGUGGAGGAGUUGAUCUCCACGAAGGGUGUGCACUCCAUAGUGCGAGCACUUUCUGACUUCGACGACAAGUACAUUAAACCGAUUCUACAACGCGACGCCGCCACGCACGACAUGAGGCUUGUCAACGCCUACGACAAGCUCGCCUUGAAGAUCCACUCCGAGGCCAUAGACUCGCGUGCCUCUCUGAGUCAUCGGGAGGUUGAUCUGCCUCGGGAGCAUUCACCUGAACCUCCGGAACUUGACAUCUCCUUCCUCCCAAGCUUGAUUCUUCCACCGUGUCUACCCUCGAACAAGCAUCAGCGGCGUCUUACACUAGCGGCGUUGUCUAGUAUGGCUCCAGGAGCUACGCUUGUUCCUGGCAAGAGUAUGGAUUUCGCGUCAGCUCAGAGAACUCGAUUUGCCAAGCUCCAUCGCACUCAAGCGACCUUCGCGCGCACCAUGGAACACUUUGUGCGGCAGUACGAGUCCACAGAGCUGCAGAUGGAUAGCGCGAAGCGUCAGAACUCAAACCGUCGUGGCCAACUCACACGGCAGUACGCAAAGUGCGCUGACACGGACUCCAGUUCUACAGGUUUCCGUCGGCUUAUGAAACCACGUCCAAAGUUGACUUUUUCGCACAGCACCCUCGCGAGGACGCCCGAAGACGCUCAAGAAGAGGUGGACGAGGCGCUUGUGGAGGAUGGCAAAUCAAACACCAACAAGUCCAUCGAUUAG